AUGUUGAAUGAAACGCGCAUGCACAUCCAGGAGCUAGCCAAUCAGUCGCACGUGGAUCGCAAGCGCAAGCGUCCCUUGAGCUCUGCAGAACCACAAAAGCGUGUUGCGUCAGAGUCUUCCUAUGCAUCCUCAAGCCGCGUCUCGUCAGGAAGCAGUACUGCGAGCGCGUCUUCGAGUGGUACGGUUCACGUUCAUGCAUCGUCGGCACCUCCGUCGCAAACGCGCAUGUCAUCGCCACCGUCGCCAUCGAUAGUGCCGUUGUCGCCGAUGCCAACACCACGUCCUAGCUUGCCGGUCCCGCCUUCUCAGCGUGUGGGUCCUCGCCCGUGUCCGCCCUCCCCGAGCCGCACACCACGUCCUUCCCUGCCUGAUCCACCAUGUUCUAGGCCGGAGCGUGUCACUGUUUCUGAUCCAGACUUGGCAAACGAGACAGCCCCAAGUGUGUAUGACGAUCGCGAGGCGGAAUCUGUGGCCGAGUCUGAAGCCCAGUCUGAUGCAGAUGAACUCUUACAGUCCGAGUCGCCGACCGAACGUGAUGAUCGAGAAGCGGCAAUACGGGUAUCUGAAGCGAACACAUCUGACGCUGAUGCUGAUGUUGAUGCUGCAGCGCCAACGUCCUCGUCGAACUCCGAGCCUGGUCGCUCUACGCCAGCAAAGACACGCAACACACUCGCCACGCCCGUCCCAAGUCUUUCCCGCCCAGAGCGGGUCAAGAGCCCCCUGCUCGCAUCACUUGAGCGUGCCGAACAACGUUCUCGGACGCCGCCACCGCCACCGCCACCGAGCCUCCAUCCGGAAGAUCACGCGGAGCAUAAGAACUCGAACACACGCGUGUCGAUCAUGGAGCAAGAUAAGGAGCAGAACAAGGAAAAUACAACGGGUCACAGCGAUAACCCAAAGAAGAGCGACGACAAGCCUGAGCCACAGCGUGAGCCCUUUGCGCAAGUCGGCAACCACGUUUCUUCGUCCAUACCAAGCAGCGGACUCCGUGCACGAGCGCAGAAGUACCUGCAGACAGUUGAGAGAUCAUCUUCUGGUCAAGUCGAGUCAUCGCCAUCAGCCGCCGAUGCACUUUCCACUCACGCGCUAAAGCGAGCAAACACGUACCAGCCGUCGGCACUAAGUGAGUCGCUUCGUCGUCGUAUGGCGCGUAUUGAAUCAGCCAAUUAG